AUGGAUGUUGAAGGGAAAAGCUGUAUUUCUGCAGAAGCACGUGAUACAAUGGAAUCAGUUUCUUUCCUCAGUGUAUCGGGUAAUCCUUCACCUAUGGAGUCAACUGUAUUGCCUAAUGCAGAGGAACAGCAGGCAUAUCAGCCUUUGAAAGUCUUCUUGAGAGUGAGGCCCUUUUCUGUAGCGGAGCUUGAAAACCAAGAACCUCAGUGUUGUGUAACUAUUGAAGAUCACCAGACAGUAAUUCUUAAUGCACCCAAAGAAUCUUCUGCAGUGAAGAACAGUGAAAAAGGAAUUGGUCGUUCUGUGCGCAAGUUCACGUUUUCUCAGGUCUUUGGACCAGAAACUACUCAGAGUGAAUUUUUCAAAGGUUCAAUGAAAGAGAUAGUAAGGGCAUAUGUUAAUGGAGUGAAUGGACUGGUGUUUACUUAUGGGGUUACAAACGCAGGCAAGACAUUCACUAUCCAAGGGACUUCAAAGGAUUUUGGUAUUUUACCUCGCUCACUUGAUGUGGUUUUUAACCACAUCAGGGGAAGACAUUAUCUGAAGAUGAACUUCAAGCCAUAUUUGAGUAAUGAUGUUAAGAAACUAGAAGAUGCACAAGUUAAGCAAGAAGAAGCCAUUAAAAUGGCUGUUCUCGCAUCACUGAAAGAGGAGACAGAAAGCAGCUCAAAUACUAUAACAAAUACGUGUGAUGUGGAGUCGAGUUCCUCCAGCUGUACCUCAGAAAGUCUUCCUUCUGAUUCACUAGCAGAGAAGAAAUUUGUACCACUUGAUACAUACAGGACUAAUACACACCAAAAGACACAAGCAUCUGUGUGGAUUUCCUUCUGUGAAAUUUAUAAUGAAUAUGUGUAUGACCUAUUAAAUGUAUUAUCUACAUCAAAAACUCAGAAGCGCAGAGUCUUAAGAAUUUGUGAGGAUCAAGGAGGAAAUUCUUAUAUUAAAGACUUAAAGUGGAUUAACAUUCAGAGCACUGAAGAAGCCUGCAAAAUACUAAAAAUAGGAAACAAGAACCGAAGCUUUGCUUGUACUAGAAUGAAUGAGCAAUCAAGUAGGAGUCACAGUAUAUUUUCAAUCAGGCUACUAAAGCUAACUGAUGAGCAUCAGCCGCGUGUUCUUGGAGUUUCAGAGCUGUCUUUCUGUGACUUGGCUGGGUCAGAGAGGUGUAAUAAAACACAAGCCUUUGGAGAUAGACUCAAAGAAGCAGGAAAUAUUAAUAAUUCUCUUCAUAUCCUUGGAAAAUGCAUUGCAGCAUUGAAGCAGAAUCAAAAUCCAAAGAUGAAGCCAAGCUAUAUUCCAUUCAGAGAGAGCAAGUUGACUCGUCUGUUUCAGCCAUUCUUCUGCGGAAAAGGCACAGCUUGUAUGAUUGUAAACAUUAAUCAGCAUGCCUCCACAUAUGAUGAAACACUACAUGUAAUGAAAUUUGCAGCUAUAGCCAAACAGGUAAUCCAGACAAUCCUACCAAAAAGUUUAGAUGGUUUUUCACCCAAGCUUGUUGGAGGUUGUGGCAAACCUAUCAUGCAGUUUGAUGCUGGUACAUCUGUAGAUGACUUUCCUGACAGUACUGAAACCUAUGCAGAAGAGGAAGUGGACAUCACCAUUCUGAGUCAUGAAGAUCUCUUGAGAACUACAGAGGACCUAAAGGAGAAGCUAGUUGCAGAAAGGCAAAGUAAACUCCUACUGGAGGUGAAGAUACGUAGAGAGAUGGCAGAAGCAAUGUUCCGGCAGCUGAUGGAAACAGAGGAAGCUUGGAGCAACCGUUUGGAAGAUCUGAAAGACAGUUAUGAAGAAAAACUGGAGAGCAAAUUUGAAAUGUAUAAAGAGGCCAUCAAGAAACAUGCAUAUAUGUGUGCAAUGGAACAAAUUGAAGACCAGUAUGUUCCCAUAGAAGAAUUUCUAGCUGAACAAGAGAAAGUUGAGGACAGAGAGAAUAAAAUACUCCAAUUGGAAAAGCAACUUGAUGAACAGUCAGGAAGGCUGUUGGCUCUGGGAAGUCCAAAUUCAGAUAUACCAACUACUGAAAAUAACAUGGAACUAGAACUUCUCACCAAGAUGAUGAAGAGAGCCAAUGAGGGACUGCAGAAACAAUGCCAAGAGAAAGAAGAGCUUAUAAAAUCUCUGAAGUUAAAAAUACAGAAAUUAAAUGAAACUCUGCUGGAAGCUAAUGCAGGCUACAGAAAAAUGGCAGAAGAGAACAGUCAACUGAAGCAUACAAUCAUGCUCAAGGAUCAAGAAAUGAGUAGUCUUCAGAACUGGGCUAAACGUGUUCUUGAGCUGGAAGAAACAGUGUCUUCCCUGCAAAAAGAACUUGACGAACGGAAAAAGCAUUUCUCUAAGGAGGAGCCAAAACAGCAAAAGCCCAGGAAAGGUUUGUUGGCUAACCUGAAAUCCACAGUAGCAGCCACUGCUAUUACACCUCUUGGUAAAGGCUGGGGGAAGCAUGAAGGUGUCUCAUCCUCUUCAGGAAAACAAGUACUGUUGGCUCAUAAAGCAAAGGACUAAUAUUUGAUUAAUCAAAGUGUGCAGUUACUGGGCUUCUUAAACUGUUGGUAGCUUUUUCUCACAUGUGGACGCCAUCUUCACUGUUGUGUUAACUGAUGGAAAAACAUUAAUACAGAACUCUUUCAAUUGAAUCAGUGUUGA